AUGCCGGGGAAUCAUCAGACUCCUGGUGAAGCAGUGGCCAUCGUUGGAAGUGCUUGUCGCUUUCCUGGAGAUGCUUCAUCACCUUCCAGCCUCUGGCAACUGCUGAGAGAACCACGAGACGUCUUAAGCGAAAUUCCACCAAGCCGCUUUAACUUGAAGAAAUUUUACCACCCAGAUGGUAGUCAUCAUGGCACAACUAGCGUUCGCCACUCCUAUCUGCUGUCCGAUGAUCACCGUCUGUUCGAUGCUCAGUUCUUUGGAACCAAACCGGUGGAAGCAAUUUCAAUGGAUCCUCAGCAAAGAUUGUUAUUAGAGACAGUUUACGAAGGACUCGAAAGGGCAGGAAUUCCCAUGGAACAGUUACAAGGUUCCAACACUGGUGUUUUUGUUGGAUUGAUGACAGACGACUACGCUAGCAUCGUGGCCCGAGACAUUCAAAACGUUCCUACAUACUGCGCGUCCGGAACAGCUCGAAGUAUCCUUUCGAAUCGCGUCUCGUACUUUUUUGACUGGCGGGGACCUUCUAUGACUAUUGACACAGCGUGCUCCUCGAGUCUAAUCGCAAUGCACCAGGCUGUGCAAAGCUUGCGUAAUGGCGAGAGUGACGUGGUAGUCGCAGCGGGUACCAAUCUCUUAUUAGCACCUGAGCAGUUUGUCGCUGAGAGCAAGUUAAAUAUGCUGUCUCCAAGUGGUCGGUCACGAAUGUGGGACAAGGAUGCUGAUGGAUACGCUCGAGGUGACGGGAUUGCAGUGGUUGUACUCAAACGUGUCAAUGAUGCAUUGGCCAAUAGUGAUCAUAUUGAGUGCCUUGUCCGUGAAACCGGCAUCAACCAAGAUGGUCACACCAAAGGAAUCACAAUGCCAAGUCCCAUGGCUCAGAUGGAUCUAAUUCGAACCACAUAUGCUCGCGCUGGACUGGAUUUGUCCAAAGCAUGCGACCGGCCCCAAUUUUUUGAGGCCCAUGGAACUGGAACCCCCGCUGGUGAUCCUGUCGAAGCAGAAGCCAUCAGUACGGCUUUCUUUGGCCCCACGGCUAAUUACCGUCGAGGCACCCAAGACUAUCCAUUGUAUGUUGGGUCUAUCAAGACGGUGAUCGGGCAUACCGAGGGCACGGCCGGGCUGGCAGGUGUUCUGAAAGUAUCAUUAGCACUGCAAAAUGGAAUUGUCCCACCGAACCUCCUUCUCAAUGAGUUGAGUUCCACGGUUCGGCCAUUUUAUAAGGACCUCGAGAUUGUCAGUAAGGCACAAAAAUGGCCACCACUUCCAAAAGAUUCCGUCCGUCGUGCCAGUGUCAAUAGCUUCGGCUUUGGUGGAGCCAACGCACACGCAAUUUUGGAGGCAUUCAACGGCCAAGAAGAGGCCAAUUCUAUGUUGAAUGCUAGGAACGAAAUUAUAUCACCAUUUAAUUUCUCCGCGUCCUGUGAAAAGUCUCUUUUUACCAUGCUACGUCUUUAUUCAAAAUACGUCGAAACACACCCCGAUGUUGAUCUCCACGAUCUUUCAUGGACUCUAAACUCCCGGCGAUCUACGCUACCUGUGAGGCUUUCAAUAUCUGUACCAAGCAAGGCAGAUCUACUGAAAAGACUGGAGGCAACGGCAGAGUCACCUUCCAACAUAUUAUCGGGCUCACAGACUAAAAGCACCAAAAAUCCCAAAUUGAUUGGAAUUUUCACUGGCCAAGGUGCACAAUGGGCUCGGAUGGGUGCUGAGCUAAUAGAAAGCUCACCAUUAGUCGAAGAAUGUAUUCGUCGUUUGGAUAGGUCGUUACAGACAUUGCCCAAAGAGCACCGACCUCAAUGGUCCCUCCGGGACGAGAUUCUGAAGAACUCGGAAUCAUCCCGGGUUGGAGAAGCUGCAUUCUCACAACCGCUUUGCACUGCGGUUCAAAUUGUCCUGAUUGAGCUUCUUUCUGCCGCAUCGAUCCGAUUCACAGCAGUCGUUGGCCACUCAUCCGGGGAGAUUGCUGCAGCCUAUGCUGCAGGAUAUCUUAGCGCGGAGGAUGCUAUUCGCGUUGCGUAUUAUCGGGGAUGGUCUUUGCAAUAUGUCAAAGACAAGGAUGGCAAAAAAGGUGCAAUGAUGGCAGUGGGUACAUCUUAUGAAGAUGCCCAGGAGCUGUGCGAGACGGAAUUGUUGAAAAACCGGGUUUGCCUUGCUGCUUUUAACUCCUCAACUAGUGUCACGCUCUCUGGAGAUGCGGAUGCGAUCGAGGAAGCCAAAGAAAUCCUCGACGACGAAAAGAAAUUUGCUCGGGUGCUAAAUGUCGAUAAAGCUUACCACUCACACCACAUGAUCCCGGCUUCAGCCCCCUAUAUUACAGCUCUGCAAAACUGUGGAGUAUCACAUAAACCUCGGCCCAAUGGCAGUGCGACCUGGAUUUCCAGCGUGUAUGGUGAAGCCAUUGAAGAUGUGAAAGACAGUCUCGCAGACACAUAUUGGAGCAGCAACAUGGUCAAUCCAGUUCUAUUUUCCCAGGCGGUGAAACGUGCGGUUAGCACUCUUGGUCCCUUUGACAUGGCUUUGGAAAUUGGUCCUCAUCCUGCUCUCAAAGGACCGACAAUCCAAACAAUCCAGGAGGUAUCCGGUCAUCUAUUACCUUACACUGGGACAUUAACUCGAGGAAUGAAUGCUAGACAAGCCUUUGCAUCCGCUCUUGGCUCACUGUGGGCUUCGCUCGGGGGUUACACUGUGGAAUUUUCAAAAUUUGAGGAUAUGGUGACUGGCAACAAUCGAAGACCUAAGCUCCUGAAAGACCUUCCUUCUUAUCCAUGGGAUCAUGAGCGUAUUUAUUGGCAUCAGUCUCGGUCUGCAGAUGCUUAUUUAAAUGAUAACGACUCAUUUCAUCAACUGCUCGGCACGAGGUGUCCAGAUGGAACAGAUAAAAACCUUCGAUGGCGAAACUACCUCCAUGUUCGUGAACUUCCUUGGCUUAUGCACCACCAAGUACAAGGCCAGAUGGUGUUUCCCGCUGCCGCCUACAUCUCUGCAGCUGUUGAGUCUGUUAUUACAAGUUUUGGCUUAGACUCGGUCCAGCUGAUUGAUUUUCGUAACGUGACCAUCGGACAAGCCCUGGUACUUGAGGAAAAUACGGGAGUGGAGACAAGUUUCACGCUUUCUAUUCUCCAAAAACAGAACCAUCGCGUUUUGGCAGAAUUUUCAUGUUACUCACACACAAACAAGGGAUCGUCUGUGUCCCUCCAUGCUUCCGGCGAGCUAUGCAUUCUUCUCGGUGAGCCGACUCUGCAUGUGCUCCCGUCACGAACCAAAACCCAUGGUGAAUACCUUGCAUUGGAGACGGAUAGGUUUUACAAUUCAGUGACCGAGCUCGGAUUCCAAUAUACUGGUCCGUUUCGAGCGUUGUCGGGCUUGAGUAGAAAAAUGGAUGAGGCUACUGGCUCGAUUGAAGUCGCAACGGAAACAAGCGAGGACGGGGAAUUGGUCAUCCAUCCAGCUCCUCUAGAUGCUGCAAUCCAAUCCACGAUGCUCGCAUAUUGCUUCCCAGGAGACGGAAGGCUACGCACACUUUACCUUCCGACCCGAAUCGAUAGAUUGCGUCUGAACCCAUCCGCCUGUUUCAAAUUUGCGAGACCCGGGGCAUCUCUUCAAUUCGACUCUUCCUCGAAAGAUGGUGAAUUUUCGGAAUUAUAUGGUGACGUCAAUAUAUAUUCAAUAGACGGAAAAUGUACCCUUGUUCAACUUGAAGGAAUGCAUACAAAAGCACUGAGUCCAAUGACUGCGGCCAAUGAUGUUCCCUUGUUCACAGAAAUCACUUGGGCGGUUGAUGAUCCUACUCGUCUCAGAUCAUAUGCUGACGAUGAUCGGCAUUCAGAGGAGCUCUCCAUGUUUUCUGAUUUGGAAAGGGUCGCCCACUUUUAUCUUAAAAAUCUCAGCAAGUCAAUUCAGCAUUCGGAGUUGUCCAGUAUAGCUUGGAAUCAUAGCCAUCUCCUUUCAUAUGCAGAACAUUGUGCUUCAGUUGUUGCAUCUGGGACCCAUCCUUUCGCCAAUCCUGAAUGGGCUCACGAUACCAAAGAAGAUAUAACUGCAAUUUUGAACCACUACUCUGAGAGUAUUGACGUGCAGGUCAUGACGAAAAUUGGCGACAGAAUCCCCGGUAUUGUUCAAGGUGAAAUGGAAUUAAACCAAGUUCUAGGGCAAGACACAAUGUUGUCGGAUUUCUACACUAGAACGCUUGGGAUUCAAUCUUACCUUGAGGAAGUCACUGUAAUGGCAAGGCAUGUCAGCCACCGGUAUCCACAUGUCAAUGUCCUGGAGAUUGGAGCCGGUGCCAGUAUUGUGACUGAUAAGGUGGUGCGAGCCAUGGACACAGCCUUUGCAUCGUACACCUAUACUGAUAUCACGGACAUGCAAUUUGAUGACCUUCGUCACAGGUUAUCGGAGUAUCAGUCCCGGAUGUCGUAUAAAACACUGGACAUAGAAAAGGACAUAGUGGAGCAGGGAUUCAAAGAGUCGUCAUUCGAUGUUGUAAUCGCCUGUUUCGCGUUAUACGCUACAAGAAGUAUUGAAAAAGCUCUUUCCAACGUUCGGCGACUUCUCAAGCCUGGUGGAUUUCUUCUUUUGGUCGAAAUAACGAGCCCUAAUGUCAUGCGUUUCGGCCUUGUUCUGGGUGCACUGCCUAGCAGCUGGCUUGGCUAUGACGAGGGUCGAUCACUUUCACCAUUCGUAUCAGAAAGCAGAUGGGAUGAAUUGAUGAAGCAAGCUGGGUUUUCUGGACUUGAAGCACUCAACUCAACAACCUCGAACUUCCAGCCUCCAUUCUCAGCCAUGGCUACUCAAGCUCUGGAUCAUCGGGUCAGAUUUCUUCGCGAGCCCCUAGCUUCUACCCAUGAGGCAUUGGACAUCCAUGCCUUAACAAUCAUCGGCGGUAAAACAGAAUUGACUGCCUCAAUAGUCUCUGGGGCUGUCGAUCUACUUCAACGUCACUAUCGACAAAUUCGAACUGUUGUCUCAUUGGAUGAUCUCGUAACCGAAGAAUUACCAGUCAUGGGAACGGUUAUCAGCUUAAUUGAGCUCGAUGAGUCGCUUUUCACUACCAUGACACCGCGCAGGCUGAGUUCCUUCCAGGAGCUAUUUAAAAAGAGCAAGAAUGUCCUCUGGUUAGCACAUGGAGCCCAAGGGGAUAACCCUUACUGUAACAUGUUUCUAGGUGUCCGACGGACCCUGGUAUUGGAAAUGUCCCAUCUUCAUAUCCAGUUUCUCAAUCUGCAUUCCAUCGAGGACACAGAUGGACAAAUCAUUGCAAAGAAGACUCUUCAACUUGAGAUUGCAGAUAUUUGGGAGCAAAGAGACCAACUGAAUGACCUCCUGUGGUACAAUGAACCGGAGUUGUCCUUACAAAAUGGAAUGUUUUUGGUACCACGAUACCGGCUCAGCGAAACUAGGAACAGCCGUUACAACUCUGCUAAGCGACUCAUUAUUCAGAAUGUUGAUCGCUCGAAUUCUGUAGUCACUAUUGAGCGCACAGAAACAGGAUACAAGGUCAGGGAAAAACAUUCAGAAGAAAAGGCUUGUCGGGCAGGCCAUAUCGAAGUCAAUGUCACUCAUUCACUUCUCCAACCGAUCAGGAUUACACCGUCAGAUAGUUUGUUUCUUGUGUUUGGGAAGGCUCACUCGAGUGGUGGGUUCAUCAUAGCUCUUUCAGACUCCUUGGACUCCAGAAUCUAUGUGCCUCAGACUUGGACGCUACAAUCCGGCCAUGUGGAAGAUCAAGGAAUAUUCGCAAUGCUAGAGCUCUAUGACCAUCUUUUAGCCAUUUCCAUGUUGAAUGGGCUUCUUCCAGAGCAGAGGCUCGCAGUUUUGAAUCCGAGUACCGUCCUGACUCCAAUCUUGACCAGAUAUGCAAAGGAGAAAGGAGUACAUCUGCUUCUUCUAUCAACGAAAAAAGAACAUCUGACAACUCCUUGGACCAGCAUUCAUAGGCAUUCUACAGGCCGUGAGCUGGGAAAUAUUUUAUCGCAUAAGAUUGCUCGAUUUGUCAACUUGGGCGGAGAUGAAGAUAUGGAUUCGGUCCUUCGAGAUUGUCUGCCACUCGACUGUGAGUUCGAAGAUAAAGUGUCUCUAACUAACAGGCCCCUGGGAUCGUCACGUUCUCCAACCACGUAUGAGGUUGGGAUACGACUCCGAGCGGCGUGGGUCGGAGUUCAGAGUGAAGUAACCCAAGGCAUCGUACACGGAGUGCAAACUUUGAGUCUACACCACCUAAUGAAAAGUUCACAUCAAACAGACGACCAGACUCUGAUUGCUUGGGGUGACUCACAGCUUCCAGUUCAAGUCCAGCCGGCCAGUAGGCGGGUCAAGUUUGCAAGAAACAAGACUUACUGGCUGGUGGGUUUAACUGGUGGACUAGGCCUGUCUCUUUGUAAGUGGAUGAUCAGGCAAGGUGCGCAACACAUUGCCCUUUCAAGUCGUAAUCCGAAUGUGAGCGACAAAUGGCUAGAGAAAAUUACGGCAUCUGGUUGCACAGUGAGAGUUUUCUCGACUGAUAUUACCAAUCGAGAUUCGGUCCAUGCAACCCAUCGACAGAUUCUUAAAUCCAUGCCCCCAAUCGCUGGUGUUGCACAAGGUGCGAUGGUUUUGCAGGACACGAUGUUCAUUGAUCUUGAUCUCUCUCGGCUUGAAAAGGUGCUUCUCCCGAAGGUAGAAGGCAGCAUCAUAUUGGAUGAGUUGUUCUCAGACAAUACUUUGGACUUUCUUAUAUUCUUCUCCUCCAUGGCGGCGAUAACGGGGAAUCAAGGCCAGGUGGCCUAUAAUGCAGCCAAUAUGUUCAUGACUAGCUUGGCUUCCCAGCGCCAAAAACGUGGCUUGCGAGGCCAGGCGAUCCACAUUGGGGCUAUAGUUGGUAAUGGUUAUGUGACACGAGAAUUAAAUAUGGCGCAGCAGACAUUCCUCUACCGGAUGGGACAUACAUGGAUGUCCGAGCAAGACUUCCAUGAAGUGUUUGCGGAAGGCGUUCUUACGUCCGCAGAUAACGGAGAGAGUUCCCAAAUUUGCAGUGGACUCAGGAUUGACGACGACCUCUCGAAGGGCUGGGUCACCAGCCCUAUGUUCCAACAUCUCGUGUUCAAGGAAAGCAUUCUUCCUACAGAGCAGAGUAAGGAUAAAGGGGCGGUAGUGCUCAAGUUACGACUAUUAGAGGCCUCUUCACAUCAAGAGGUGAUCAACAUUUUGGAAGAUGCUUUCAUAUUGAAACUACAAUCCGCACUUCAAGCUGACCCGGGCAAACCUAUGCUUGACAUGAGUCCGGAUGAGCUUGGGGUUGACUCUUUGGUUGCCGUUGACCUUAGGUCCUGGUUCCUCAAGGAACUAACACUAGAUAUUCCAGUGCUCAAGAUUUUCAACUCACGCUCUAUCCGGGACCUUCUCGCGUAUGCUGCCAAUACUUUGCCUGGGACAUUGAUUCCAAAAUUGGAAAGCCAUGCCGACCCCAUGCUAGAAGGUGAAAAGGUAUCUCAAACCCUUAUACCAGGGCCUGCGAGAUCUCCUGAAGUGGGGGGGGCAGUCCAUGUCACAGAUCCUGCGAUAGAGAACGAAAAAGAAGGCCUGACAUCUGAUGGUUGGAUCUUGUCUCAGUAUCACAGUGGUGGCUCUACGACGUCAAUAUCUAUUGGAGACCCUGAAUCAGAUGCGGAAAAUGAGAGUAUCUCAUCUAUGGAAAUAGGUAAUGACGUUAUCGUGAAGCUGAAGACUCAUGUUGAACGAACACUGCCAAUAUCCUUCGGACAUUCACGAUUCUGGUCCUUGCAGCUCUUAGAUAAUAACAAGACUGCAUUCAACGUGACAAUAACAUUCAACCUUAAGGGCCAAUUGAGGGUCAACGACUUCAAGAAGGCCAUUGACUCAUUGGGAGCAAAUCAUGAAGCUCUGAGGACUUGUUUCUUUACCAGCGAGGGCAAGCCCAGGCAAGGUGUCCUGAAAAAGUCGAAGUUACAGUUGGAGCACAUCAAGAUUACUCAUGCUAGUGAAGUCGAGGAAUUUUCUAGGAAGUUGAAGAUGCAUGAGUUCAAUCUUAGUGAAGGUGAAAUACUUCGAAUACAGCUGCUUUCCUUGACCAAGGAUCAGCAUUGGAUCAUCAUUGGGUUUCAUCACAUCAAUAUGGAUGGUAUUAGCCUCGAAAUUCUGUUAUCAGGCAUUGAAGAUUCAUACAAUGGGGCUCAUGUUGCCCAGGAUACGCUCCAGUACCCAGAUUACACAUUGAGACAGUUAAGGGAGUACAAAAACGGGGCUUGGAAACUGGACCUGGACUACCUGCGAGCACGAUUCAAUGAUGCUUUACCCAUGAUUCCGCUGCUUCCAUUUUCUUUACGCUCGACAAGGCCUACAGUCGCCCAAUUCAAGUGUCAUACUGCGCGUAUUCGACUUGAUACCGAGAUAUCACAGGCAAUUGAAAAAUGUUGCCAAAUAUUCAAAACCUCACCCAUGCACUUCUAUCUGACAACUUGGCAGAUUAUGGUGCUUCGUCUUUUCGAACUCAAUGAUGUCUGUAUUGGAUUUGGAGAUGGAAAUCGAGGCGAGAAAGAUGUGCGGCACAGCGUCGGACUCUAUUUCAACAUUCUACCCCUCCGCUUCUACCUGAGAUCAAGUCAAUCCUUCAGUGAAGCCAUGAAAGAAACCAAGAUUAGCACACAAGACGCAUUUUCUUAUUCUCGUGUACCUUUCGACGUCAUUGUGUCAGAGCUUGAUAUUCCUCGAUCUAUAUCCCACAACCCUCUUACACAAAUACUUUUCAAUUACCGUCCAAAGAUUGCUCAGACGAGAAGCUUUUGUGGGUGUGUGGCCAACGGUGACCUGUGGAGCGGCGGCGAGACAGCGUUUGAUCUCAGCUUGGAUGUAGGCAACUUCAGCACUGGUGAAACAUUUGUUCUUUUGUCGGUCCAGCAAGGCCUCUAUGAAAUGGGUCAUGCUGAGAUGCUCCUUCGAUCUUACUACGGCUUGCUUCAGUCUUUUGUGCACAACCCCGCAGUGCAAGUUGUUGCGCCGGGAAUCUACCCCGAAACUCCAAAGGCUAUGCGAUGA